GUCAUGGGUAAUUUCAAGCGAUACGAGAUAGGUUGAAAUUUCGUAGCUUUCUUCGUUCAGUCGUGUUAGUUAGUUUUGAUGCUUGGGUAGUCUAACUGGAAAUACUCUUGUAUGUUUUGUGUUCCCGUGGAGGUGAUCAUCAAUUCGUCAAAUUCGAAUUUUAAUUCUUUUGGAAGCUGGGAAGUUUGUGGAUGAAUAAAAAUCGUAACUUUGAUGUGUGCAGCCUGAUUAUGUCAAAUCACAAGUGAUGAAUUUUCUGACGGAAGAGGAGAAACCUGACUUGAGAAAGUUGAUGUCCAAUGGAUUUGGAAACGGAAAACAGAAUAGCUGCAAUUCUUAUGAAAGAAGCAGCAGAGUUACGCCGACAAGCUGAGAAAGAAGGUGCACUUGCCUAUCUUAGCAAGCCCUCUGUUAGGACUCGGCCCAAUUCGAGGUUUCUCACUGCAACUGUUCUCGGGGUGCAACAAGCCAAUAAAGCUGUGGAAGUGAAUGAAAUGUGGCGACUGCGUCAGAAGGAGCUGGAGCUUGAUAAUCGAGUCAAAGGAAGAUCAAGAGAUGAGAGCAGCAGUAGGAGGUACCAUAAGGAUGCCAGUUCUUCGAGGAGCCCCAGCAAUAGGCAUGAUAUAGAUGACUACAGUGCUGACCCUUCAUGUUCUCAAAGUGAAAGAGCACAUGAAAGUCGACAUAAAAGAGGAGAUGAGGGUUUGGGUGAUGAAGAGAUUGAAGAGUUUUUGCACUCAAGGGUCAAGCGCGGCAGAGGUGCAAUAGGGUCAAGGAUGGAUGAAACAGGUCCUUACCUUCCGUCUUGCCCAGGUUCCAAGGAGUUGUCUCCAAGUCCCGAGUUUAGGGAAGCACGUGUAACGUAUGGCCCAGGGAAGCCACAUUCACUUAUGGCUACUGGAUCACCCAAAGAGGACGUUCAUAAAGACAGGCAUAAGAAGGCGAAGAAGGUCCACUCUAGCUCGAGCAGAAAGCACUCCAGUAAGCACAGAUCUGAAGGUAAGUCUAGCAAAAAAAAGAAACAGAGGAACAAUCAUAGGAAGUAGUUUGGAGAUGUAGCAGCUGAUGUGAUUAUUUAAUGCGAUUUCCGGUACUAUUUUUGGUAUGGGAUGGGAUUAAACCACGGUAAUGAGAGUAUGUAUCUAUUGGAACACUUUGCAACGGUGCACCGAGAUGGCGUGAAGGAUGCUUGUUCGCCGUCCUUCUAGUUCUUUUCAGAUGAUCUCUUUUGAUCAGAUUUCGUGCUCGAAUCUUGUUAA